AUGACGAUGUUGUUCACGCUUUCAGAUUUGGGGCGGCUCGGGGUGACUCUCAUCGGCAGCUUUGUUGAAAAGCUCCGGAGGGUUGAAGUCCAUAGGUUACAAAUGCUGCCUGAAGUUGGAGUUGUACUCAGAGACCUGGAGACUUGUGUGAUCCAGAUUCGGCACAUCAUCAGCGCCGCAGAGAAUUCUUUCACGAUUGCGACUGACGAACUGAUGAAACUUGAAUUGGAGGGAUUGCUAAUGCAUCUUAAGGACACGGUUUAUGAUGGUGAGGAUUUAGUGGAAAAGAUCGAGCACGAUGUUCUGCAUCAUGGAGUGGAUCAGCAUCAAUACGAGGCACGUAGCCAAUCAUCAUCCUCUUUCAAUUCCUCUGCAACAAAAAGUAAAAAUGCAUCUUCUCCUGUUAAAGUUCACACUGUGGUUGAAAUUGAGGAUAGCCGUGUUUAUAAAUUAAGGAAAAUUUAUCAAAGUUUAGACAAAAUUGCAACUGCACUUGUAAAGAUCAUCAAAGUUGUGAAUUCAGUAGAUGCAGAUGACAGACAGAACAUACAUACUGCAGACUCCAUAAGCAGUAACGCAACUUCCUUCUUGGUCAAUGGUAAAGUGUAUGGACGAGACAAAGAGUUCAAUACACUCAGACAACUGUUGUUGAAACCUUCUCUUGGUUCGGGAUUCAGCAAUGGCAGCCUGUCUUUCAUAAGAAUUUUGGGGGAUGAAGGCGUCGGAAAGACAACUCUGGCUCAGCGACUAUACAGCGAUACGAGCAUAACGGAAUAUUUUCAGUUGAAGAUCUGGGUCUAUCCAUCAGAAAACUUCAACGGGAAAAGACUCACCAAAGAGAUAUUGCAGUCUGCAAAUAUCGACACUCCUGAUUGUAUGAAUUUGGAUAUGCUUCCCGUUAUGGUUAAGAAGAAGAUAGCAUCAAAAAGAUUUUUGAUUGUCCUAGAUGACCUAUGGAAUACGGACAUGCAUGGAUGGGACAUGCUUUGUGCAUCACUAAGCUCCGGAGUGCCUGGCAGCAAGGUGCUCCUGACAACUCGCUUUCCAAGGCUCCCAACUGUGGCUUCCAAUGAAUGUGCAUUCCACCUAAAUAGAAUGGACGAAGAAGAGUUAUGGGAAUUUUUCAAAUUCUGUGCCUUUGGCUCUCAAAGCUCUCAAGAAAAACCACCACUAACUGACAUUGCAAAGAAGAUGGUUAGCAGACUCAAUGGAUUGCCACUUGCAGCAAGAAUGGUUCGAGGUUUGUUGAACACCAAUAUGGAUGUAAGCCACUGGAACAAUAUAUUGAAUAAUGAAAUAUGGCAAAUACCGGAGUAUGGACUACUCCCAGUUUCACAGAUUAGCUAUCAUUGUCUUCCUGUACCUCUUAAGCGAUGUAUUGCAUUUUGUUCCUUAUUCCCUAGAGGUUACUGGUUUGCCGAAGAAAAGUUGAUCAGAAUUUGGAAUGCUGAAGGAUUCAUUGUAGCUCAAGCAAAUAGAAGGAUGGAGGAUGUAGGGAAAAGCUAUUUCCAAGAGUUAGUUAAUAGGUCUUUCUUUCAAAGACUACCACACAAGUCCCUUCAGGAAGAACAAACAAUUUUUUAUGUCAACCAUGACCUCAUACAUGAUCUUGUAGAAUGA